AUGGAUCCCCACGCAGCUCUUGAGCUGCUGGAGUACCUGCGCACAUGCUAUCCGAUCUUCCUCCUGCUUCUCUUCGUCGUGGCCUUUGUGGCUAAUACCAUGCUCACGGCGAGCAAUUCUAGCCAAAAUGAAACCCAGCGAAUGGGUCCUGGCGGCCGUCCACUGCCCAAGCGUUCCCAAACAGGCUCGUUCCGCAAGACGCAGGGGUUUUCAAUGACUGUCAAACGAGUCUUCAACUGGCUCUCCGUGGCAGUGCUUGUAACCUAUCUUGCGGACGCGAUUAUUUAUAUCACUCAUGUGAUGGUCGCUCGCUCCGAGCAUUGGUGGCGGGGUCAGUCCGUCGUGAUUUACAUCGUCGGCUCAUUUUUCGUCUACGCCGUCUUACUCAUAUCCCUACUCGACACUUCCCCAUCUCCCACACUCGCCCAGUUCGUCUGUUGGUCUGUCGCUAUCCCCAUCGAGCUAGUUAUUCUUAGCACAUCCAUUACCCUCUACACCUCCAUUCACCAUGAGCCUACCGUUGGAGACCCCAAGGGUGGCAAGCUCCGCAAAACAAUUACACCUUGGGAAUCUAUGGAAGUUGCCUCCAGCAGCGUCCGGAUUCUGAUCCUCUUUGCUCUCGUCCUCCUCUAUGCCAGCAAGUCCAUUACCACCAAGAGCCAUGAACAGAAGGCCCACCGAUCCAAUGGCGUCAGUGAGUCCACCGGAUUGCUAGAUGCGUCUGGUGCCGAGCAUGGUAAUGGUAACAGCAACGGCAACGGCCAAUCCUACGGAUCAACAAAUGGUGCUCCAGGCUCCAAGGCGUCCAAGCCAGCAGAUCCUUGGGUACGCCCAACGACCAUGCCAUCCACCAGCUGGUGGGAGUACCUUAGUGGCUACUCGCUCUUCUUCCUUUACCUGUGGCCCUCCAAAUCUCGGCGCCUGCAGAUCGUUGUCCUGAUAUGCUUUGUUCUACUUGUCGCCCAGCGAGUCAUCAACGUGCUAGUGCCCAUUCAGGUUGGCCGUAUUGUCGAAGAGUUAACCACGGGCGAGGGCAAGUCGUUCCACGUCCCAUGGUUCCAGAUCUUCCUCUAUGUCGUCUUCAGGUGGCUCCAGGGCGGCCAGGGUUUGCUCAGUUCUAUGCGCUCCACACUUUGGAUCCCCGUCAGCCAAUAUUCGUACAUGGAGCUAAGCACUGCGGCCUUCGAGCAUGUUCACGGCCUGAGCCUUGAUUUCCACCUGGGCAAGAAGACAGGAGAAGUUCUAUCGGCUCUGAGCAAGGGCAGCUCCAUCAACACCUUCCUGGAACAGGUCACUUUCCAAGUGGUCCCGAUGCUGAUUGACCUCUGCAUCGCUGUGGUAUAUUUCUUGAUCGUGUUCGAUGCUUACUAUGCUCUCGUGAUCGGUAUCUCGACCUUCGGUUACCUGUAUGUCACCAUCCGUAUGGCUCAGUGGAGAGCGGAGAUCCGAAGACAGAUGGUCAACGCAUCGAGGCAAGAAGAUGCUGUCAAGAACGACUCGAUGGUUUCUUACGAGACAGUGAAGUAUUUCAACGCGGAACAAUACGAAUUCAAUCGCUAUCGCGGUGCCGUGGGCGACUUCCAAAAGGCCGAGUACCACGUUCUGUUUUCACUCACUCUGCUCAACACCUGUCAAAACACUGUCUUCAUGAUGGGUCUCCUGACCACAUGCUUUAUCUGUGCCUACCAGGUCUCCAUCGGCCAGCGUGAUGUGGGUGCAUUCGUUCUUUUGUUGACCUAUAUGGCUCAGCUUCAGGGUCCCUUGAACUUCUUUGGCACUUUCUACCGCUCUAUUCAGUCGGCCUUGAUCAACGCAGAGCGCAUGUUGGAAUUGUUCCGGGAACAACCUACCGUGGUUGAUAGCCCACGCGCCAUGCCGCUUGCUGUGUGCAAGGGGGACAUUCGAUUCCAAAAUAUCGAGUUCUCCUAUGAUUCGCGGAAACCUGCUUUGAAUGGGCUUACGUUCCACUGUGAGCCAGGCACCACCACCGCUUUGGUCGGCGAGUCGGGCGGAGGAAAAUCAACGGUCUUCCGGCUUCUGUUCCGGUUCUACAACUCCGAAAGGGGUCAGCUGCUUGUUGACGGACACGAUGUACAGGAUCUUACUAUCGACUCUGUUCGCAAGCAUAUCGGCGUGGUGCCGCAAGAUACCGUUCUUUUCAACGAGACGUUGAUGUACAACCUGAAAUACGCGAACCAGGGAGUUACCGAUGAACAGGUCUUUGAGGCGUGUCGCGCUGCCAGUAUUCAUGACAAGAUCUUGGCAUUUCCCGAUGGUUACAACACCAAGGUUGGCGAGCGUGGCUUGCGACUCAGUGGUGGUGAGAAGCAGCGGGUGGCAAUCGCUCGGACCAUCUUGAAGGACCCUCGCAUUAUUCUUUUGGACGAGGCUACCGCAGCACUCGACACCGAUACUGAAGAACACAUCCAAAGAGCUCUUUCCACACUCUCUCAUGGGCGCACCAUGCUCGUGAUCGCUCACCGACUGAGUACGAUUACUACAGCGGACCGCAUCCUAGUUCUGAAUGAAGGUCAAGUCGCCGAGAGUGGCACCCACGAGGAGCUCCUCGCUCUUAAGGGCCGAUAUGCCAGCAUGUGGCGCAAGCAGAUUCGGGCCCAGAAGGCCGCCGCUGAAGCUCAGGUUCUUCAAGACCGAGCAGAGCGGAUUCGCAAUGCCACUAAUAGCGAUGACAGCUCCAGUCAAUCGGACGAGGACCGAAAUAAUGCUGCUCGUCCGACGCACUAA